AUGCGGCGACCCGGCUGUCGGAUUGUGAUUCUAUGGAUUUGCUUCGCUGUGCUAUUGUCGAAGCGCCUCGCCAUGGCUUCGUUCUGGAACUGGCUCAUCACCAAUCCGCACGACGUCGAGAUCGACACGGUGGCCGUCGUUCACCAUAAAAUCUUGACCAGCACCACCGCCUCCUCAAACGGCAAAGACGACUCACAGCCGUCUACGACGCCUGUUUAUCUACUGCCCAUAAGUCACCCCCGAACUUUGCAGAAACCCCCAAAAACCUACGACUUACCAGUCGUCAACGAAGACCAUGUUUCACCGAUUGAUUUCUUGUCGCCUGCCGACGAAAGCCAGUCAACCGACCAGAAGCUGCUACGGCAUGAGUACAUUGAGGUGAUAUGCCAGAGAGACCGCGACUGCCGCGUUGGUGAAUUUUGUGAUUUACAUUACGGUGUAUGCAAACGAUACAGAAGCGAAAAGCAGCCAUGUCGGACCGAUGGCCAAUGUGCUACCGGACUGGAUUGCAUGUUCGGCAGAUGUCGACCCAACCCAAAGCCGGGACACAAAGGUGCCCGAUGCACGUCCGUUAAAGAAUGCCUACAAGGACUGUGUUGUGCCCGGCAGCACGGAGCAAAGGUGUGCAAACCGAAAUUGAAGUUUGGCCAGAAAUGCUUUAUCCCUGAUGGCGGUCUGUCCUACUGGCUGAACGAGAUCUGUCCGUGCGAAAGCGGCCUGCUCUGUGGCUACGUGGAGCUGACGCACAAUACCACAGGCGGUGCCGUUCGACCGUUGGAGUGGUCCGGUCGAAAUGAGGUGCAGGCUGCAUUCGUUGUCGUGACCGCCGCCGCCGACUCGCUCGACCGUCCUUCACUCAACGCGACGCCGACCAGUCGAUGGCUGGACGCGACGACUGAUUUACCUAGUGGCAAUAUUUUGCGAAUUCGGGGUCCCUGUGAUAGAACUCGUUUCUGUGCUCAUUGUACGAUUUGUGGUGUGCAUACGGCCGUUUGGAUAAAAGUUAAAGUUCGCGCCAAUUCGUCACUGUUCCACGUGAAAGCACUCUCACUUUUUGUUUGUAUUAACGACUAA